AUGGAAGAAUGGUAUACCAAUAUCACAAUUCCCGAUUUUCGUAUUAAACCUACCCCUAAGGGGUGGAUUGAUAACGAUACUGUAUUCGAAUGGCUUUGUUCUUUUUAUAAGGCUAUAAAAAACCGGGUUAAGAAGCUUAAUGAUAAGCUUCUUAAUGAUCUGGUUGAGCUAGAUGAUUUAUCUAUACAUAUAAAAAGGCAUAUUCGUCGAAGUAUAAACGCAAGUUCUCUUCUGGCCCAACGGCUUGAAAUUUGCGAGGUUUCUUUAAAGAAGUCUCAGGACCACAGAUCGCGAGCAAGCGCUCCCAAAAAUCGCAAAUCAAUUCUCAAUGCA